GCAAGAGAGGCCAGUCCAAAUGGCUACUGGUGUAUAACAGACAAACGUAGACACGGACCCUUCGUUCUUCACUAGAAAUUGUUAAAUCUGUUACCUCCCUUUUUUUUUCAUUUCGUAGUCAAAUCUGUGUGUGUGGUGGUUGUUUUUUUCAAGGCCGAAGACGCAUGUGAUAUCAUGGCAACUGUUGAUAAAAACAUGGCGGAAACUAAGGACCAAGUUCAGCUCGAUGACUCCAUCUUGUUCAGAACAGUAGCUUCCGGUUGUUCGUCAGAGAUUCUCAAUCUUUUGAGACUGUGUGAUCACAAAACUACACACUUCUCAAACCACGCCCUGAACUGGGCUGUUUUUGAGGCUUGUAAUAUAGGCCACGCCCAUUUGCUCCAGUUCCUAGUCAAACAUGGCAACCGACUGGAACUUAGAGACGACAACGGAAACACUCCUCUUAUGAUUUGUUCCGCGAAAGGUUUUGCAGACCUUGUUGCUAGGCUACUGAAGCUAGGCGCUGACGUCAAUUCUAAAAAUAACAACGGCGAUACUGCGCUAAUGCUGACUAAAUCAAGGGAAGUAAUUAUAUGUUUACUAAAUAACAGACGCUUGAAUUUUGAUGAACAAAACUCGACCGGCAACACAGCUUUGAUGUCAGCCAUCGAAACAUCAGAUCUCCAGAAGGUCGAAUUGCUGAUCAAUGCUGGGGCUAACCCAAACAGGCAAGUCGGGGAGAUCUCACCAAGUGGCAUGAUACCGUGGGCUAGUUCCGUCGUCAACAAAGCAGGCGAAAGUGCUUACGAUGUGGCCGAACGAAAGGGAUUCAGUAAACUGCUGGACUUGCUGCAUCGUGCUACAAUGGAAAAAAUACAUCCUUUGGAGCUGGCGAUUUUUGAAAAUGACUUUGAGACCUGCCUGGCGUUGCUUCAGCAUAAAUUAUGUGAUAAAGAAGAAACUCAAAAUUUUCGGCCUGACAUCAUCUGUUACGUUUUUAAACAAAUACAGCAAAGGGACGCUAUUCAUUCAUCAGACAUUGAGUUUGUUCGAGAGUUAUUCCGACUUGGCAUGGAUGUCAACAGAUGUCAGUGCUGCAGGAAGUCACGCAUGGAGGUUGUCCUGAACAUCGGAAGCUGCGAACUGGCUGAAGCUUUGUGUGCCCAUGGCGCUAAGCUCACCCACGACGAUCUAGUGACUGCUGUUAAGAGCCAACACCUGGAAUUGAUUUCUCUUCUACUAAAUCACGGAGCACCAAUAAAUGAUUAUGAUAGCUUUGGCUGCUCUAAAUACGAAUGUUCGGCUAUUGAUAAAGCUUUGGAGAUGUCUUUCACAAGUACAGCCAGCUUCCUUCUUGACCACGGUGCCUAUCUCGACCCUUUGCGCGCUGUCUCUAAAGCUUUGAGGACCAAUAACUCAAAGACGCUCAACUUUCUCUUGAAGGAGUGUGCUGAAGUGAAAAAGCCUGAAACUUUGAUACGAGCUGUGAAGUCGGGAGACAUUCAGCUCAUCCAGGUUCUGCUAGACGCAGGGGCGGACAUUGACGGGGUACACAAAAAUAAGACGCCACUAAUGAGUGCUGUCCGCACAGACGUCAUAAACUUUUUAUUACAGAAAGGCGCCAAUGUAAAUUUUAAGACAAGCACAACACCUUUAAUCAACGCAUUCUCUUGGACUCAUUCAGACUUUCACGGAAAACUUGAUUCCUUAGAGAUGGAGAAAACACUGUUAAGUGUUAUAGAUAUAUUUCUCAAAAAGGGAGCAAAUUUAGAAGACACAAACGACUAUGGAUACACGGCCUUGUCCCUAUGUGUUGUAAGUGGAUUUCGCGUAGAGGUCCUCAAACAUUUGAUUGAAAAGGGUGCAGACGUGAACAGGAAAAACAAAAUUGGUUUGACAGCGCUGCACGUUGCUGCUUUGAGAAAUAAUUACGAUUGCGCGAAGACUCUUUUGGAGCACGGCGCUGAUGUGAACGUAACUUGUGACACUGGUCGCACCCCGCUACACCGCGCUUUGAAAGAUGUCGGAUUUGUCAAAUUGCUUCUGGAAAGUCAAGCGAAUGUGAACGCCGAGGAUAGCUCUGGAAACACACCACUCAUGCUCACAUUGAAGAAAUGCGGAUGCUCCGUGGAUGUUGUCAAACUUCUGAUUGCAUUUGGCGCCGAUGUCAACAAGAAAGACCAUUCAGGCAAGUCCCCACUGUGGCUUGCUGCCGAGAACCUGAACACAACUAUUUUGCAAUUGCUGCUUGAUGCCAACGCUGAUUUAGAUCAAGACGACCAAAGACAAAAGUCUGUGUUGUCUAUGGUACUCGACAAUUGGCCACCCAGUGAAGAAAUCCAGCGAACAGCUAUUAAGCUGAUAGAACAUGGGGCUAAUGCUGACUUUGUCAGACGAGACAUCAUUCAUCAUCUUAUUGCUGCUGGCAAUGAUGGCAUUCUGAUUCAGAAAUUAAUUAAAUCUGGCAUUUGGCCAACAGAUAUAAGUCUAAGGAGAAGGUUCAUUGGCUGGCCUGAGACUUCUGUAUCACCACUCGCUGUUUCCUUAAUUCUAGACAGCCUGGACUUUUCUCGUUAUGUUAUUGACAACUGGUACUUAACGAAGUCAGACGUCAAAAUUUUAUCCAGGAAUGAUGACAUCAUAACUUACUUGGAACAACGGGAAUCUAGAGCUCUUCCGUACUUGAAGGAAGUUUCCCGCCAGCCAAUGAAGUUGGAGCUUUUAUGCUUCAUUACCGUCUCGUCUGCUUUAGGUUCUGACGGAAACAGACGACAAAGGGUACUUAACUCUGAACUCCCAGCAUCAAUGCAAAACCAGCUCUUGUUCUCAAAACUCGAACAUAAGGUCCUAGAACCAGUGUCUCGUGAUAAGCUUCAGUUUUACUCUGCAUUGUUUUUAAAAGACGAAUAAAGAGAGACAAAUGCAUCGCCGGCGUUGUCUGUAAAUAGCCAGGAUGAAUAAAUUUUGAACUUGCUAUAGCUGUGUUUAUGUUACAUCUGUUUUGUUUGCU